AUGAUCUUUGGCGGCAUACCAUCUAGUGCCAUUAUCCGCCACGGGCUCACGAUGGACGGAAUCGAACGCGGCGACAAAGUCAACAAAGCAAACGACCGUUGGUUGCUGGUAGCUAUGACGGAAUUCGAGAAUGCGUCUCGGUGUGAAUGCUUGGUCCGCACAUCCACGUCCAGCGCGAAAUCCGCCUUGGUUGGACCUCGUCCUAGAGCCACACACAGCCUGAAAUCACCUGAGAAGGACAGUAGGAGAUCAUCGCAGCAACGUCGAUGAGGCUUAUGUCGCGGUAGUUCUCGCAGCUCGUCUUAUCUUCCUUCUUGAGGAUAGGUACAAGGAUGCCUAAGCCCCAUUCGUCAGUAGCAACCUCGCCUCUCCACGCUUGUUCAAUCACCUCAUGGAGCCAGGGCUCCAGAGUGUGGACACAAGAAGGGGAGUCGCAUGACAUUGCAGAAUUUGGAAAGGGGAAAAACUCCGCUUCAGAGGAGACCAAGGACCUGGCGGGUUGGCUAUCGCGGUUGAGGUAGUGCUCGAAGUGCUUACGUCAGCCCUCGAAUUUAGCCGAGUUGUCAGCAAUAAGGCCGCCAUUCACGUCGCGAACAGAGUCAGUCAGUGUAAAGGGCUUACCGCUAACUUGGCGGGUAGGUUGGUAAAUUAUUGAGUGUCACCGACGUUCGAGGCCUGUACCACGGAGGUCGCUAUCUCAGCUCAAUAGUGCUUUCGGUCAUUUCUGGCCGACUUUGUCGCCAUCUUCCGAAGGACUUUCUCAGCUGCCCCAUAGACUGACGUUUUUACUGCCUUUUACGUCAGCUCGGGUCGUAAACAGGUCCAGAUUUCUCUGCUCAGGGCCUCGGUAGUGCUGGUUUGCCGGAUUUUGGCGACAUCGAGGCAUCUAGGACGUGGCAUUUAUGGCACGGAUGAGAAGUGGACUUUCAAGCGUGUACGAACGAGGACAUGUUCCGACCCAUGGGCGUUACCAGUCUCGGCACCACGCAUCGAUCUGCUAUCGUGAACCUUGCUGCGAGCAGAUAUUUGUUAUGAUACUGGGAGCACGUGUUGGUGACAAGCAGUCGGUCCUGGUCAGCGAAGUUCAGCAAUCUCUAGCCAUUUUCACAUGGGGAACUAAUCCCAAAGCAGCGAAGAUGACUGUUUGUGGAGUCGCCAGGUCAAGUCCGACCAUUAAAAUCCCUGGCAACAAUCAGCAGAUCGCGGUGAAGGAGUCUUUCAACUAACGCUUGCAACUGCGAGCAAAACUGCCCUUUGUCGCACUGUUCGGCAGCUGAAGUUGGUGCGUACUCAGAAACAGUGGAGAUGUUCGUGAAGUGACCAUUCAGUCGCAUCCGGUCAUUAACUGGUUCCCAAGCAAGUAACGCGAGGUCUGCUUGUCACUAGAAGUCGAUAGCCUCACUGUGUCGACCAGAAGAGUCGCGCAGGCGGCUGUGGUACAGGGUGAUGUGUGAUUCGACUCCAGGGAUCUUUAUUUCUCGAGAGCCUGAGUCAGGAAGCCGAACAUCGGACAGAUAUCAGACAUCCACUUUGUGCUGAUUAAGGCUGCGCACGGUCAGACUUUGGGUACCAGGGUCCAGGAACAUCCGUACAUUCCAGCGUCCGAUACCGAGAGUCCGUCCCCGAUUGAGUAGUCCAGCUCGCGUACCAUUUGCCCGCACCACUGGACCAGGGUUGCGGAUCGCCUCGGUUCCCGCGAACUCCGUAGCAUGGGUCGUAAUAUUGUGAUCGGGUAUAUUUCAUGAGGUUUCUUGGGAAUAUCGAAUGCGGGCGGGUCCCCAACAGCCGCUCGGAUUGUUUGAGGUUGUCCCCUCUAGCGCUUUGGGUUAAAAGCCUAAAUACAAGACAGCGGUGGUAAGCAGACUUAUUUAAUGGCGGCUCACGGUUGCCGUGUCACAGUGCCGUCAUCGGGCUUUGCGAUUUUUUUAUAGGGAUUUCAGCGUGCUAGGCCUCAGCCCUCCGCGCCUUGGCAGCACUGUCGCUGCUGGUCCGCGACUGCCUAUUCGUCAGAUCCGAGUCUGCUUAUUUCGCAGCUAACCUUCACUGAAGGCCGUUCACUAUCCGCCACCCGUGGACGCACCGGGUAGCCAGCAGCUAGGCUGACGGGCAAAGCGUCUUCCAAUGGCAACCCGUCUGCCCGGCAACAUUUCCCCCCGGACAACCUGUCCUCCCGGCAACCCAUCUUCGUCGAGUUUCAUGUUAGUGAAAAUAGGAGCAGAAAACAAUGUUACUGGAGACCAAAAGUCUUAUAGGUUCAUGAGUGCAGUUUGUUGCUCGUUCCGACGACAGCUAGCCUUGAACUUGGUGUUCCCCCACUGCAGCCGCGGCGUACUGAAGCGCAGCUUCACCCUUUCUGGGCACACUGUUUCCGUAGGUCAGUCACGAGUUGUUCCUUUAAAGGCGUUCUUCGACCAUUAUCGCCGCAUCUUAACUGUACUAAUAUGCAACUUUUGGACAGGCCCUGUUACCUUGUUAGGACUCCACCUGUUCCAGAAAGUCCUAGAAGCUUCCUUGCUCUUUAAAAAAACUGAAUGUCUACUGCCUUGAUCAGGUGGAUAAGUGGUUUCUUAUCUUAAAUGUAUCCGGUUUUAGAGCAUGGAUAUGCCUGAAAAAGCGGAAUUACAAAGGAAAUUGGAGUUACUUCGAAAGAUCUAUGAAGAAGUUGCGCCUUAUAUUCUUUUUUAACGCUCAGAUUGCAGGACAGGUUGGAGAAUAUGAAGCGUAUAUGCGAAAAAUACAGAAACGCAGGAGUCGCGGCCAUGAACGAACUUCUGGAACUGACUGGAGACCCGAAACCGUCACCUUUCGAAGUGAUGCGAACGGCCGGUUUCGACCCUCAGGUUCUCGGUUUUGAUCCGGACACUUAG